AUGGCCAUGGGGAAUCACUCUGCUGUGACCGAAUUCCUUCUGGUGGGGCUCUCCCAAUACCCGGAGCUCCAGCUCUCUCUGUUUGCGCUCUGCCUCAUCAUGUACCUGAUCAUCCUCCUGGGAAACAGCCUCCUCAUUCUCAUCAGCAUCCUGGAUUCCCGCCUCCACACCCCCAUGUACUUCUUCCUUGGGAACCUCUCAUUCUUGGACAUCUGUUACACAUCAUCAACCAUUCCUCCAAUGCUUGUCAUAUUUCUGUCUGGGAGAACAUCCAUCUCCUUCAUUGGCUGUGCUCUUCAGAUGGUCAUCUCGCUUGGCUUGGGUUGCACUGAGUGUGUUCUCCUGGCCGUGAUGGCCUAUGACAGGUAUGUGGCCAUCUGCAACCCACUGAGGUACCCCAUCAUCAUGAAUAGGGUACUCUGUGUGCACAUGGCUGUGUGGUCCUGGAUCACAGGCUGUCUAAACUCCCUAGUGCAAACAAUUCUGACAAUGUUAUUGCCUUUCUGUGGGAAUAAUGUCAUUGACCAUCUUACCUCUCACCUGACUGUUGUCAUCUUAUUCUAUGGUUCAGCCCUUUUUAUGUACAUGAAGCCCAAGUCAAAGGACACAAAGACAUCAGAUGAGAUCAUUGGGCUGUCUUAUGGAGUGGUGACCCCAAUGUUGAACCCAAUCAUUUACAGUCUG